AUGGCUACUCGCUAUGUGCUCCCUUACUUCCUGGAAGACAAGACAGGUCGUCUCGAUGGAUCAGAGUUUGUAGACCUACAUGAUCGCAUUCACCUUGUCUACAAACGCAAAUCUCGCGACGCAUCACGCAUCGUCUAUGAGUUAUACGAUAUCACCAUGAACACAUUCGAAGCGUUUCACGUUCCAGUGGUGACACUUUGCUUUGGUGCAGAUCAUUCGUUAGGAAGUGUUUGCUUUGCGCCGGGAUCUGCGGGAGGAGGUGAACAAUGGAUGCACAUGGGGCAGUAUUUGUCACAGGUUAACAGUAUUGCUGGAUCCAGACUCAGGAGAUUUUUCGCAUCAGACGGCAACGAGUAUAGGUGGGGGUAUAGAUUGGCUGAAGGAAACGAGUGGACGUGCACUAACAGCAGUGGCACAAUUGUAUCCCAUUACAAUCUCAAAAGCCCAGGGGAGCCAACGUAUCCCGGCUCUUCAGGAUGCAUGCUUACAGUCGAAGAAGAUUAUGGACAUCUUGCAUGUGAAAUGCUUGCUACUGUGAUGAUAAUGCGCCAUAUCGUUGAAUACGACAUAUCAUAA